AUGUCUUCCUCCACUCUUGAGAGCACUUCUCAAGAGCCUGGGCCUGAGCCCUCAAGCUGCAAGAAGAAGAAGAAGAGAAAGUGGCUGCAGCAAGAGACCAGCAUCCAGGCCCUCACCAGGGCUGGCCAUCGUGCUCUGCAGGCAGGCCAGCACCAAGAGGCAUUGGCCAAUUUCCAGAGGGCCUUCCUCCUGGCCUCUGAGGCCCCGCGAGGCAGAGACACUCCUGUUCUCCGGGCCUGUGCCUUCAAUCUGGGGGCUGCCUACGUGGAGACUGGGGAUCCAGCCAGAGGUCUUGAACUGCUCCUGCGAGCCCAACCUGAAGAGGAGGCCCAGGGCGGGUGCCAUGGUGACCAGUGCUUCAAUGUGGCUCUAGCCUACCAUGCACUGGGUGACUUGCCUCAGGCUUUGAUCUGGUACCACAAGGCCUUGGGCCACUACCAACCACAGGGUGACCAGGGAGAAGCCCAGGCAAAAAUGGGAGCCUGCUACCAAGCUCUGGGACAGUCUGAGCUGGCAGUCCCCUGCCUGAAGGAAGCAGGUCGGGCCUACGCCCAGGCAGGGCAACACCGAGCCGCUGCCCUGGCGAUGGGGGCUGCGGCAGGGUGUAUGCUGAAGAGCAGGCAGCAUGGGGUGGGUGAGGUGGUGCAGGUGCUGGAGGAGAGCCGGAGGCUUGCUGAGAGGAGCACUGAGCAGGGCUUGCUGGGACAACUAUAUAAUGACCUAGGACUGGGCUACUCCCAGCUCCAGCUGUUCCCACUGGCAGUGGAAGCUUUCCUGCAGGCCCUGCCCCUGUGCCAGGAGCCAGGAGAAGAGGCCACAGUGCUGAGAAAUCUCGGAAUGGCCCACAAUGCCCUUGGCAACUAUCAGGAAGCACGGGAGUUUCACCAGAAGGCUGCUGACCUGCAUGGCUCUGUGGGACAGCGGUGGGAGCAGGGCCGGAGCUUUGGCAGUCUGGCAUUUGCACUGAGUCAGCUGGGGGACCACAAGGCAGCAAGAGACAACUACCUUCAUGCCUUGCAGGCUGCCCGGGACACUGGGGAUGUGAAGGGACAGUGGCAAGCCUGUGAGGGUCUAGGGGCUGCUACAGCCAGAUUGGGGCAGUAUGAUCAGUCCUUGAAGCAUUAUAAAGAAGCACUGGUCCAGUGCCAGAAGGAGCCGGAUUCUGUGAGACAGCGCCUGGUGGCUAAGCUGUCAGAUGCCAUGAGGAUCCAUUUGGCCCAGGGAGGGCUUGUCCCGACACACACCCUGGCCGUUGCUGGUGGGGCCUGCCCCGCGGGGACCGCAGCCAAUGUGGCGUGGGGCAGAGUGGAUGGCCCGCGCAGAUCUGCUGGUGGGUGGGAAGGCGAAGAAACUGAGGAAGACCACGAGGAGAGAGAGGAGGGACCAGCGGACCUUCCCGCGAGGUCUCGAGCGUGGAGACCGCAGCGUGAGUUCGCUCCAGGACCUAGGACGCAUCUCUUACUUGGAGCCUCAGGCCGCCCCAGAACGGAGUGUCUUGACAUCCCAGUAUCCAAUGGCCCUCAAGCCAAUAGGUCAUCCACAUGGUCCAGGGAAGUUCCCAGCAGGAAUUCCCAGAGGAAACCCACUGAGUCUGGCUUCUGUACCAUCAUGUGA